UUGAUUUUUUUCGGAAGUUGUAGUGCUGGCGCUGCAACUGCGUGUUAAACGGAACAGAGCAAAGUAUUAGAUUUACAGUAAUCCCAUUCAACGCUAAUUAGAGAUUAGUGCCGUAGACGGAAGUGUGUGUGCAGCUGAAGAGUUGAAGUUGUCGUCUUUACUCUGGUGAAGCGAUGAUGAAUGCGUUCAUAAUUCCGCUGUAUCUGUGGUGUGUGUGUGGACUGUACGUGCAUUGUCGAUCUCCUCCUAAUGUGGUUUUUAUACUGGCUGAUGAUAUGGGCUUUCAUGAUGUGGGUUAUCACGGAUCUGAGAUUAAAACCCCUGUAUUGGACCGUCUCAGCGCUGCAGGGGUCCGACUGGAGAACUACUAUGUCCAACCACUGUGUACUCCAUCCAGGAACCAGCUACUGACAGGAAGAUACCAAAUCCACACGGGUAUGCAACAUCAAAUUAUAUGGCCGUGUCAGCCAUACUGUGUUCCUCUGGAUGAGAAGCUGCUGCCAGAACUGAUGGUGGAGGCUGGUUACUCCACCCACAUGGUGGGCAAGUGGCACCUGGGCAUGUACCGGAGGGAGUGUCUGCCCACCCGCAGAGGCUUCCAGUCCUACUUCGGUUAUUUGACAGGAUCAGAGGAUUAUUACACUCAUGAGCGCUGUAGCUUCAUCACACCACUGAAUGUCACACGCUGUGCUCUGGACCUUCGGGACGGCGAGGAAACAGCACGGAUGUACAACAAACUGUAUUCUACUGAACUCUUCACACACCGAGCAGUCAACAUCAUACUCAAGCACAACACACAGAAGCCUCUGUUCCUGUACAUAGCUCUGCAGGCGGUUCACGCUCCAUUACAGGUGCCUGAGCGCUACACCAAACCUUAUAGCUUUAUUAAAGACCUUUCACGCAGGAAUUAUUCAGGAAUGGUAUCUGCUAUGGAUGAAUCCGUAGGGAACAUCACUAGGGCACUACAGGAUGCAGGCAUUUGGAACAACACCAUCCUCAUCUUCUCUACAGACAACGGGGGUCAGACGAUGUUUGGAGGAAGUAAUUGGCCCUUGCGUGGCAGAAAGUGGUCUCUCUGGGAGGGAGGAGUCAGGGGUGUGGCCUUCGUCACUGGACCACUGGUGGAGCAGCCGGGUACUGUGAGCCGAGAACUUAUACAUGUCUCUGACUGGCUGCCCACAAUAGUGGGUGUUGCUGGAGCAUCAACCAACGGGACAAAGCCGUUAGAUGGUUUUAAUGUGUGGGACACUAUCAGCAAAGGAAAAGCCUCUCCAAGACAGGAAUUGUUACACAACAUCGAUCCACUUUACGUUGACGUUGCUCCAUGUCCAGGAAAUGCUUUAGGAUCUGAAAAGGAAAUGCUCGACUCCCUAAUGAAGGACUCAUUAAGGAGAAACUCAUUAAGAACAGGGUCUGUCUCUGUGCCACACUUUAAUGUCUCCAUGCAUGCUGCUAUUCGCUUCAAGAAUUGGAAGCUUCUGACUGGAUAUCCUGGUUGUCCUGUGUGGUUCCCUCGUCCAGGUGAGAGGGAAGGUGGAGUCACAGAUGAAACUCCUCCCCUUAAGCAGGUGAUGCUGUUUGACAUCGACGCCGAUCCUCAAGAGAGAAAUGAAAUUUCCCAUCAGCGACCAGAAAUUGUGAACUUUCUUCUAAGGCGGUUAGAGCAACUGCAGAAGGGGGCAAAGCCUAUCAACUUUCCCCCUGAUGACCCCCACUGUGACCCCCAACAGACUGGUGCCUGGGGGCCAUGGCAGUGAUCUUUGACUGCAACUACAAUUAAUUUUUCAUAAAAUAAUAAUAAUAAUAAUAAUUCAUUCAUUCAUUCAUUCAUCUUCUACCGCUUAUCCGAACUACCUCGGGUCACGGGGAGCCUGUGCCUAUCUCAGGCGUCAUCGGGCAUCAAGGCAGGAUACACCCUGGACAGAGUGCCAACCCAUCGCAGGGCACACACACACUCUCAUUCACUCACGCAAUCACACACUAGGGACAAUUUUCCAGAGAUGCCAAUCAACCUACCAUGCAUUUCUUUGGAACGGGGAGGAAACCGGAGUACCCAGAGGAAACCCCCGAGGCACGAGGAGAACAUGCAAACUCCACACACACAAGGCGGAGGCGGGAAUUGAACCCCAAUUAUUAUUAUUUUAUGAAAAAUUAAUUGUAGUUACAAAUAAAAUAAAUAUGUAUUAAGGCAACACCAAAUAAAAGUCAUUAAAUCUGUGAUGAUUCAUAUAGAUAAAGAAUUGUGACUGAUUUAAAGGUGGGGUUUGAAAGCCAAUGUUGACAUUUGAAAUCACCAAAACAAUCACGCCCCUAACCCAAAUGGGUCCCAUCACUGUUUUGAUAACUCCGCCCCACACAUACACCAGACAAGUACAAACCAAGUAUAACCCAGACAAGUAUUAUGGCGGAACCUGUUGGGGCAGCUGACCGAGGGUAUAUUUUUAACAAUAAAUGAACUCAGUGAGUAAUACUAUGGUAAUACAAAUGUGUUUUUGUAGUACUGUGUGUUGUACCGUGAAAGGUUUAGCUCCGUUUCACGUGGAAGACGUUCAGUUCUCUCCAGCACUGGAAAGAUGAUCCUAUAUUACACGGGUCCUGCUUCUUGCCUUAUCGUAAGCCUUUCUUCGCUUUCUUUCUUUGUGUUUAUCCGCCAUGUCAAUGUUUCAAUCGCUUUCUGCUAAUGUCACAUAUGCGCACUGAACACUCUCUCCGCCCAUAUUGACAAGACCCGCCCCUUUCUGCUCAUUGGCUACAUGUUAGUUUUGUUUUUGUUUUGUUUGGCGGCCCAACGCAGUUUUCUAAAAGCAUUUCUCAAACAACGGAGACCCCAUUUUUAAUGAUGAUAAUUUGAGUUAUUUAUGAAGAUAGGUGGGGUUAUGGAAGCGAUAAGUGAGGAUAGCGAGGAAGAAAACUUUAAAUGAUAAGUGAUAUCUCCAAAUGAUUCCUGUCAUGUUUCAUCAGAAUGAUGUAAUGAUGAUUCAUUUAGAGAAAAUCUGAAUCAAUAAAGAGUCAUCUAUCCAUA